UGCGGUGUACAGGUCAGAGCGGCGGAAAGCUGUCCCGGGUGGUAGUGGGGGCCUGGCCGGUAACCCCCGCGGACCGAACUGUGUACACUGCCGACUGUUAUCCGGCUGCGAUCGUCUACAGAAGGGAUCACUGGUCACCGGUGGGCAGUGGCUAUUCGUUAGUUGAAAACGUCACCAAUUCAUCGGGCGUGCCACCGGUUCAGUCCCGGGUGCCAGGUCACGUGAUCAGCAGUCAUGGCGGACCGAGCCACCGGGACUCCACACCUAGGGCCAGUAUCGGACAACGCUGUGGAUAUGGACCCGGUGGAGUACACACUCCGUAAGCGCCUUCCCCACAAGUUGCCCAGGCGCAAGAACGACGUCUACAUCAACAUGAAGACGGACUUCAAGGCACAGUUGGCUCGCUGCCAGAAGAUGCUGGAGAGUGGCGGCUUCAGCGAGAUCUGCAUCCAUGGCCUGGGGCUGGCCAUCAACCGCGCCAUCAACAUCGCCCUGCAGCUGCAGGCCGCCAGCUUUGGCGCGCUGCAGAUUGCGGCCAACACCUCCACUGUUGAGCUAGUUGAUGACUUGGAGCCUGAGCUGGAUGAGGGUGAAGCAGUGACUCGCACCAGGAACAACUCUGCCAUCCAUAUUCGGGUCUUCCUGGUACUCCCCAAGGGUGAGAAAGCUGAAGCAAUUAACCCCUGAAACUGAGGGACAUGGAAAAUUGUUCUUUCCACUCACCCCACCCAUACCACACCCCCAUCUGAACCUCCCUAUGAAUUCAUUCAAGACCAGCUCUCAGUGUGCACUAGAUGUGACCAGAGUGACUUAUGCUUUUUUUUUUUGUGUGGUGCUUUGGCUUGAAAUUAUUUUCUGUUCUGUAAGUACAAUGUGUUUUUUUUAAACCAUGACUGAAAUGGGUAGAAGUAAUUUGUAUUUCAAAUCAUUUAAGAUAUUGGAACAGGAGAAGGUACUUAACCGAUUAAGCCUAUGCAUAUAUUGUCUUCAUUGCUUCUCUGUGGCCUCUUUCCACUUGGCUGGGUACUCUUCCUUCAAAUUACACUUGGUGGCCACUUUACUAGGUACAGGAGUGCAACCGGAUGUAGUCUUCUGCUGCUGUAGCCCAUCCUGUUAAAGGUUCGACAUGUUGUGCAUUCUGAGAUGCUCUUCUGCACACCACUAUUAUAACGUGGUUAUUUGAGUUACUGUCGCCUUCCUGUCAGCUUUAACUAGUCUGCCCAUUCUCCUGUAACCUCUUAUAAACAAGGUGUUUUCACUCACAGGAUUGCUCACUAGAGAUGUUUUUUCACCCCAUUCUCUGUAAACUCUAGAGCGACUUUUUUUUUAAAUGCCAUAAACCCCUAUCAUUAACUGAGGGGGUCAGGUUACGAGCUCCUGCUCUUUGUGUGAGAAAAUCCCAGGAAAUCAGCAGUUUUUGAGAUACUUAAAUCACCCCGCCUGGCAUCAACAAUCAGAGUCACUUGGAUCACAUUUCUUUCACCAUUCUGAUGUUUGGUCUGAACAAAAAGUGAACCUCUUGACUAAGUCUUCAUGCUUUUAUGCAUUGAGUUGCUGCCUAGUGAUUGGCUGAUUAGAUAUUUGCAUUAAUAAGCAGGUAUAUCUAAUAGUGGCCACUGAGUGUAUAUUGUCCUCAUUGCUUCUGUCAUCUCUUUCCACUUGCCCAGAUCCUUUUCCUUCAAAUGAUUUUCUGUUUUGAAAGUACAAUGCAUUGUUGUUUACUAUGAGUGAGAUGAGUAAUAGUAAUAUUUUGUUUUAUUUGGGACAAUGCAACAAGAAAACCCCUUGACCGAUAAACACCUUAACCCCUUGAGCCUGUGCGUAUAUUGUCUUCAUUGCCUCUGUGACUUCUUUCCACUUGCCUGUAUACUUCUCCUUUGUCCUUGGUUAACAAACAUUUCUAGUCUUAGGUUUAAAAUCAUCCAUUUCCCAAUGUCAUCAAGUCCUAAUGAAGGGCCUUAGCCCAAAACAUCGAUUGUUUAUUCCUGUCCACAGAUGCUGCCUGACCUGCUGAGUUCCUCCGGCAUUUUGAGGGUGUUACUCUGCUUAUUGUUUGCCCUUGACAGAAGCAAUUUAUAAUCUCUCCCAUUAUGGUACCAGAUCUCACUCCUGGCUCUUCUAGUUUAGUCUCUGUGGAAUUUUAACCAGUCAAUAGGCUGAUUGGACACUGUGAAUCUCUGCUUGUGUCCAGGUGGGCAGUUGAAGACAACAGGGAGAUCUGUUGAAUUAAUGUAAAUUGGUGGGCCAAAGGGUCUGUUUCCAUUCAUUUGACUCCAUGACUCAAACAGACUUUAGCCCCCAAAGUUUUCUUCUCUUCAAGCUUUAGAUUCCUUGUACUAACUUGCAGUUUCUCAAUUAAAUCUCUCCCUGACUCUCAAGUAUCAGAUUCUCCUUGCUGUAGAUUUAACUGUUAAAUGCAGGCAUGGUUCUGCUGCAAAAUCUUCCUAAGGGAAGUAGGGACUUGUGUUUGUGCCAAGGACAUUAAUUUUUGCCUUGUUAUUAAUCUACAGCUGUUCUAUUAAUUUAUUUGUCCAGUGGUUGGUGCUCUCACUGUCCUUUGAACUUCAGGCACCUCCUCCUCUCGCUAUAGGCUUGGGUCAGGUUUAAUUAGUGCUCUUUGUAUACACUGGGCUCAGCUGCUGGCCCUCUCUGCUAAGAAUGAAGGUUGAGUUUAAGUUUGUCUCCAAAGAAAUGGGAGACUUGCAUCACUACAGGAGUGCUGCACAUGGAUGAGGUUGCCCACUCUUCCCACAGCUAAUGAAUCAAUGCCAAUAAAUCAUAUCUAGUAAUUUAUCUUACUGUUUGCUGGAUCUUCAUACACACCAUUCCACACCUUACAUUUUUAAAUGUACUGCUUGUCUGUUAAGCACUUCAAGAUAUUCUGAGAGGUUCAAGUCAAAUUAACUUCAUUGUCAUUUAGCUAUAUACCUGUAUACCAUCAAACAAGACAAAGUUUCGCUGAUCCAGAGGUAAGGCACUGUAGUACAUACACUAACUAAUGAAAGUAAGGAUGAAAUCUAAGGUGAAUCACACAUAAACUAAAGUACAUAAAUUAAAUAUUGUAAGGUACAGAACAGAUUAACCAGUGAUACUUUGAAUGCAAUGUGGCAGGAAGUUGAGAAGCCCAAUGGCCUGAGAGAAGAAACUGUUUCCCAUCCUGACCGUUCUUGUUUUUUAUGCAUCAGAGUCUUCUGCCUGGUGGUAGAAAGUCGAAGAGGAUGCUGGAUGGAAGAGUGGGGGAUCCUUAAUAAUACUAAGGGCCCUGCGUAUGCAGCGCUUCUGAUAAACGUCCCCAAUGGAUGGUAGGGAGACCCCAAUGAUCCUGUUCUUAGCUGUUCUCACAGCCCCCUAUAGGGACUUCUGGUCUAAUGCUCAGCUGCUUCCAUACCAGAUGGAGAUGCAAGUUGUCAGGAUGCUUUCAAUGGUGCUCCUGUAAAAUGCUGUUAAGAUGGUUU